AUGGACGAAAUUCCAUUUACUGAACCUCUCAAGGCCCGGGUUAGUUUCAAUUAUGAAUUUGGGCUAGGGUGUUUCAUUUCUAGCGAUCUUUUCAAUCAUUUUGUAAACGCGAAUACAAGUUUACAAGAUGGAAAAGAGGCAACCGAUACGGUGCUAGUAAGUGUCCUCUUGGGCAGCUACAGGUCCUACUCCAGGUCGAAGCUGGUAUACUGUAGACAAAAUCCAGAGCUUGAUGCUGAGUCUGUGCUGCUACCUGCUCAACUCUUUGGGGUCCUCAAAGGUCAGCCAGCAGUUGACUGGGGCGAGCUAUGGCCCUAUGAAGGCUCAAUCCCGGUUUUAGAUUCUAUCGCUAUCGCCACACAACCCAUAUUAUAUGAUCGUCUAAUGGAAUUACCCGAUGCUGGAGACAGAUUUAACUUUGUGAAACUGAAGGCAUCUAUGGAUACCAGUGCCAUUUUGCAUGCGGGGGAUAUUCUGUUAGAUCAAUGGUGCCAUGUUGCAGAUUGCUCGCCACAACAUCAAGGUUUGAUCAAAAGCAACGUCACAAAUGUGUUCUUCAUUAGAGAUGGCAAGAGUCAAAUGCAGCAUAUUGCAGACCCUAUGGCCGAUUUAAGAUUGAUCCACAACCCUUCUAAAAGACUCCCUUUGAAAUGUUUGAACUCUCCCGUAAAGCCUGAGCUUUUACGCCCGCAUUCAUUAGAUGGAGAGGACGAUUCACUAUUUGUCUUUGCCAGUUGCUCCUUGUUUCUCGAGUUGGGCAUGAGCAGUGGGACGUAUGUUACAUUGGUCUCGGAGGGUGUAUCAAAAAUGGCGAAGCUCAUGGUUUUGCUUUCCCCUAAUGAUUUGGAGCCUGGCUUCCUCUACGUAUCUCCACGUCUUAUGGCGAUUUUCCGGAAUUGUAAUGAGGUACAAAUUGAGAAAAUUACGCUCGCUACAAGGCAUCCCCCUGUCGCAUCUAUGGUAUCCUUAGCUAGGAUUGGUUCUUGGAAUAACUGCCAGAAAAUAUUCGAGAAUAUUAUAUCAAGCAACUUGAUCGCCUUUCUGACACAAAAAAAUCGCCUGUUGAAGGUUGGUGACCAGCUGCCCAUAACGUUUGACUCAAAUCUGGCACCUUUCUAUUCCAAAGACUUUACCGAGCUCGACAUCAAUGGACAAGAUGACUCCAUUGCUUGGUUCAGGGUGGAAACUGUCGAAGUUGAGGAUAAAAUCGCCUACCGUAACGAGGUGAAGAUUGACAGCAAAAAAACGACGCUUCUAACUCAAAGUUUAGUGGCUGGCUCACCAGUUUUACUGCCUAGAUGUGACUACGUAUCCUAUUAUGGGCUGCCUUCCAUUUUCCGCUAUGAUCUCACAGUUUUUGACUACGCCAAACGUUUUCAGGAGAUUGCCAAGGUAGCCUUUAAGUUAUACGAUGCUGGCGCUCCAUCUCUGACUUCCGUCAUUCUACAAUCGUCAACCCCAGGCGUCGGAAAGAGUACCUUGGUAAGGUUUGUCGCACGCGAGCUGGGAGUAAAUCUGAUAGAAAUUGAUUGCAUGUCAAUUACAUCAGCACAAGGGUCCAUAGAUGCCAUGAAUAAGACUGUAGGCUACCUGAGAGCUAAGCUGGAACCACUACUCGCCUUCGUGGCUCCUUCGAUCGUCUAUUUGUCUCAUUUGGAUUCUGCAGCCGAAAAAGCGGAUGAACUCCAGGAUUUGGGCAGUGCCAGAUUAAACAGGUCUCUAGCGUUAGAAUUAGCAUCCGUGGUUGAUUAUUGUAACUCGCAGGGUGCCAUAUUCGUAGGCUCUGUAGAAGAUGUUGACAAUUUACCAGAUGCCCUACGAUCGAAAAUCCACUUCACCCUAGAUAUUCCUGUGCCCAAUGAGCUGCAACGACAGCAUAUUUUUGAGUGGAGCCUACGGAAACAAGUUCUUAAUCACAACAAUGGAAAUCAUCUAAAUUUUGCUAAGAGCCCGCUAUUAUCAAUUUCCAAGCUUGCCCAGAGAUCGGCGGGCCUCUCUCCCUAUGAUAUAAAAUCGAUAGUUCAAAAUGCAAUGUCGACUUCGUUGAGUAAAGCUCUUUCCAAUGAUCACUUGCAGGACGCUUAUAUUUCAAACGGCGGCUUUAUUGCAAUCGAAGAGCAAGAACUGCUUUCGUCUAUAGAAAAGGCAAGAGAUGAGUUUUCAGAUUCUAUUGGAGCCCCAAAAAUUCCAAAUGUAUCGUGGGCCGACAUCGGUGGUAUGGACAUGGUAAAGGGUGAGAUUAUGGAUACGAUCGAUUUGCCACUCAAACACCCAGAGCUGUUCUCGUCGGAAUUGAAAAAGAGAAGUGGUAUAUUGUUCUACGGGCCACCAGGAACAGGUAAGACACUGUUAGCCAAAGCCAUCGCUACCAAUUUUUCUUUGAACUUCUUUAGCGUAAAGGGCCCUGAACUAUUGAACAUGUACAUUGGAGAAUCUGAAGCAAAUGUUCGGCGUGUGUUUCAAAAAGCGCGAGAUGCCAAGCCCUGUGUCAUUUUUUUCGACGAAUUGGAUUCCGUGGCACCUAAAAGAGGAAAUCAAGGUGAUUCAGGUGGUGUGAUGGACCGUAUUGUGUCCCAACUUUUAGCAGAGUUGGAUGGUAUGAGUACGGAUUGCGACGGCGUGUUUGUUAUUGGAGCAACCAAUAGGCCAGAUUUGCUUGACGAGGCCCUAUUAAGACCAGGCAGGUUCGACAAAUUAUUGUAUCUAGGAAUUUCGGACACAAAUGAGAAGCAAGAAAAUGUUUUGAGAGCCCUGAGCAGGAAAUUUACGUUGGAUCAGGACGUUGAUCUGGCGAAAAUUGCAGAUAUAUGUCCAUUCAACUACACAGGAGCUGAUUUUUACGCGCUUUGUUCAGAUGCAAUGUUAAACGCCAUGACAAGAGUUUCAAAAGAUGUAGACAAAAAAGUACUGUCUUAUUCUCAGAAAGUCGGUAGAAAUGUUUCAACACGCUAUUGGUUUGACAAGAUUGCAACAGAAGAAGACUCUGAUGUGGCGGUCAAGAUGGAAGACUUUUUAAACGCACAAGCAAAUCUCACACCAAGCGUUUCGCAAGAAGAACUUGCACAUUACUUAAAGGUCAAAUCAAACUUUGAAGAUUUUUGA